AUGGCCCAAGUCACUUCCUUCUCCACUGGAAACAGUGAAUCUUCCUCCACUUCUACUACAAUCAAGAAAAAGGGCAAUGUGGCCACUUUGACAUCUGGCUUGACCGCCACUAACACUUAUGGUGAGGAGUUCCAAGUUCCAGACUACACCAUCAAGGAUAUUCUCUCCGCCAUCCCAUCCCAAUGUUACGAAAGACGUGCCUUGGAGUCCUUAUACUACGUUUUUAGAGACAUUGCUUGCAUGGUUGCCAUUGGCUAUGUGGCCAACAACUACAUUCAGUUUUUGCCCAACAAGGCUUUGAGAUUUACCGCCUGGGCUUUGUACUCAUACGUCCAAGGUCUUUUUGGCACAGGUAUCUGGGUUUUGGCGCACGAGUGUGGUCACCAGGCCUUUUCUGACUACGGAUGGCUUAACGACCUGGUCGGUUGGGUCUUGCACUCAUACUGGCUUGUUCCUUACUUCUCGUGGAAGUUCUCCCACGGCAAGCAUCACAAGGCUACUGGCCACAUGGAUAGAGACAUGGUGUUUGUUCCAAAGACUAGAGAUGGCUUUGUUGAAUCUAGACACGCCCACACUUUGGAAGAAAUCGUCGCUGACUCGCCUCUUGCAACCUUUAUUGGCUUGUUGUCCCAGCAAUUGGGUGGCUGGCUUAUGUACCUUGCUACAAAUGUCACUGGUCAACCUGUUGCUGAGUCUGGCUGGGGAAUGAGUCACUUCAACCCUAGUUCUGCCAUUUUCGAAACGAAGGACUACUGGUAUAUCGUCUUGUCUGAUAUUGGCCUCUUGAUUCAAGGUUUGGUCUUGUACACAUGGUACCAGAAGUUUGGCGCCUUCAACUUGCUCGUUAACUGGUUGAUUCCUUACAUUGGCGUGAACCACUGGCUUGUGUUCAUUACCUUCUUGCAACACUCUGAUCCUAAAAUGCCACAUUACGAGGCUUCCGAAUGGAACUUUGCUAGAGGUGCAGCUGCUACUAUGGACAGAGAAUUCGGCUUUGUUGGUAAGCAUAUUUUCCACGACAUCAUCGAAACUCAUGUCUUGCACCACUACUGCUCCCGGAUUCCAUUUUACAAUGCUCGCGAGGCAACAGAAGCGAUCAAGAAGGUUAUGGGUAAACAUUACCAAUACAGUGAUGAGAAUAUGUGGGUUUCCUUGUGGAAGUCUGGCAGAUGGUGUCAGUUUGUUGAAGGUGACAAUGGUGUUUUGAUGUUUAGAAACAUCAACGGAAAUGGAGUCGCCCCUAAGAAGACUCAAUAG